AUGGCAUAAUCUUUAAGUUCUUAAUUGGGAUAAUUACAACAUCAAUAAAAACAAUAUGCAUCACUUCUUUAUACAUAAUAAGUGAGUGCUUAAACAGAUUUAGAUACAAUCUAUUAUCAAGGUUGUAAAGGAAUAAAUAAAUUGACACAAAUUGAUAAUCGAUUCUCUAGAUUCUAAGAGUCAUUAUUUAAUGUCUAAAACAAAGGUAUAAAUCUAAAUGUUAUUAUUAUUUAUAGGUAUUACAAGAUAAUUGUAAACAAAAUAAUAGAAUGCUGAUUUGGAUAAAGAGAUUAGAUAAUGUUUAUUAUUAAUGUCAUAAUAUUGGACAUUUGAAGGUACACAUGCUUCAAUGGAAUAUCUAUUAAGAAAUUAUAGAAUUCAUGAAUAUUUAGUUGAUGAAGUUAUAAUAUAUUUUUUAGUUUAUCAUAAUACUAAAUUAUAUGUUAGACUAUUACAAAAUUUAGUAGAUUAAUAAAGGUAAUUAUUAAGUAAUAUUUAUAAAGGAAUUCAAUGUGGGCAUUCUUUUAUGAACCAAUUAGCAGAGGAUAAACUAUCCCAAGAGAUUUAUUAAUUAGAUAAAUGUAAUUAGAUUAUAGAAUUUUGAAGAAGAUAAUUGAUUAUCAAUGUUUAUUGUUAUAGAAAGUAGAAGUAUAAGAAGAAAUUGUAUUUACUGUUUAAGAUUAUUUAUAUACAGAAUAAGAAAUUUAAAAUAUUAAAUUAAGAUAACCAAAUUAAUUAGCAUUUCUUUAUUCUAUUUUAUAAGACUUAAAAGUAACAACUGGAUAUAUGGAUUAAUUAAGAGGUUCAUUUGGUAAAUUAUUAGCUUUAUGUAUUGAAAAUUGUACUGAUGAAAAUAAAUCAUUUGCUUAUCUCAUAUUUAAUUUAUAAUUGUUUGAUCCAACUAAGAUUUUGUUAACUGAAAAUCAAAUUGAAAAUACAGCCUAAUGGAUAUAUACUUAAGUCUAACAUAAUGAUAAUCUUUUAGAUUUAGCUAUAUUAUUUUAUUAAUUUGGUAUCAAAACUACUUAUGAAACAUCUUUAAUUUUAUUAAAUAAAGAUUUAUCUAAAUUCUUCAAUAAUGGAUUACUUUUAAUUGAAAUUAUUAAAUAAUUGAAAGAUAUACAAAUACCAGAAAAAUAAUUACAUUAAUUAAUAUUUUAUUUGAAACAUUAGUUAACAAAGAAUGAUAAUCACUUUUUAGAUUCUAUUGUUUCAAUAAUGCAUGAUUAAAUAAUUACUGUUGUUAGACCUUAUUUAUAAGAUACUUAAUAUAAACAUUUAUUUCCUAAAUCAAAUCAAAUUCAUUUAACCUUUAAUAAUUCAGAAUAAGUGAUCAAAUAAUUAAAUUAAAAAGAGACAGACCUAUCUAUAGGUACAUUAGUGAAUUUGAUUGAAGAUUCAUUUAAUUAUUUUAUUAAAUCUAAAAAGAUUUAAUUUAUUAAAAUUUUGAAUUAAUCAUUAUAAAUAGCUGAAACACAAUUUCCACAAACAGUUAUGUUUAAUACAAAUAAACUUUAUACAUUAAUCAAUAACAUUUCGGAUUAAAUUGAUAAUAAAGAACUUAUUUAGAGUCUUUAAUAAAUAUUUACUUAUACUCAUUCAAAAUAAGUUGAUGCAAAUAUUUAUGAAUCAUUGCUAUUACUUAGUGUACAUUUUUAAAUUGAUACAAUUAAUGAAUUUUCAAAAUCUAAUAAAGUAUUAAAAAAUGUUUAAAACAAAGAAUAACUUAUAAAAUUGAUUAAAUAAUAAGAUGAAAAAUUAAUUGAAUCACUUUUAUAAAAUAAUUAAAUUUAAAAAUUGUUAAUCUAUAAAUAAUUAUAGAUUUAAUUAAGUUAUAUUUUAUAAGAAGAAUAAUAAUUAUAGAAAUUUAUUAAUUAAUAUACAGAAGAUGAUUAAUUUAUUGCUAAAAUUAUGUAAUCAUUAUCAAUCAUAUAAUUAUUAAAUUUAGAAAAUGCUUUAUGUAUAAAAUACAUAAAAUCUAUUGAUAUUGAUCCAUAAAUAUUUUUCAAUAAUGAUUUAAAUCAUUUAGGAUCUUUAAAGAUAUUAUUACAUAAAUCUAGUAGAAAUUUAAAUUUUGUAUUUAAGUUAUUUUUAAUAUAUGAUGAUCUAACUGCCGAAUAAUAAGAGCUUUAUUUAUAAAUUGCAGCAGAAUUAAAAGAAAGUUUUAAAAACGAUUUGAAAAUUUAAAAAAUUAAUUUUUCAUAAUCUUUAUUAUAAUAAACAAUUGGAUCAUUGAUAAAAAAUAGAAAAGAAGCUAAUUUCACAAAAAGUCUUGGAAAUUUAAAAGAUUAAAAUGCUCUUUUAGAAUUGCAAACUCUUUAUUUAGAGAAUUUUAAUGAUUUAAGAUAUAGAUAAUUAAGAUCAAUUAGUAGUACAUUUACAAAAACAAAACAACAUAUCAAAUUAGAUAAAAUUAUUAAUCUUAUUAAAUUUAUUGAAACUAAUUUUAAAAAUGAUCUUCUUUAAAGUUAUCUCAAUAUUUUAAAAUAUUAUAGUAGUAUCAAAGAUCAAAAUGAAGAAAUUGAUUUUUCAUUUCUAAAAAAAACUUUAUUCAAAUUGCCAAAAGAUUAUUGUGCUGUUAUUAAUGAAUAUCUUAAUCAAUCAAAUUUAUUUAGUGCAGAAGUAAGAACUUAAAUGAUAAUUUAUGUUUUCUCUCAUAAUUUAAAAAAUAAAUAAAUAGUUGUUUAAGAUGAUUUAGAUUUUGAUCUAAUUAUCAGUCUAUUGGAAACUCCUAAUUUAGAUAUCUUAACACAUUUAGUGGAUUUAUUAAGAGCUAACAUAUAACACAUCAAUAUUGAAUCAAUAAAAAAAUGUUUCAAAUUAAAUAUUAAUUAACCAGCACAAAUAAUAUUAAUAUCUCAAAUCAUCUAUGAUUAUUUAGAUCAUCAUUAGUCAAAUUUAUUAAAGGAAUGCUCUUCAUUAUAAUAAAAAGUGUUAGAUCAAAAUUUGGAUUUGAGUUUAUAAAUUAACUAUACCGCAACUACAAGUUGUAUUAGGUUAAUUGCUAAACAUACUUAGAUAAAUAAAUGUAAAUCAGCAUUCAAAUCUUUAUCAUAUCCAGAUGUCAAUACUUAUGGAAAACGUAAUUGUCUAUUAUUUUAUAGAAUCAUAAUUGAAUAAUUUUAAAAUCACAACUUAAAAUACUUUAAUUCUUGCAUUUUUGCUUAUUUCAUUUCAUAAUUGAUUUAAAUAACUUCUACAAUGGAUGUUAAUUAAGAAAUCUUAUAAAAUUUUGGACUUUUCUCUUUAGAAUAAUGGUGGGUAAUAAUGUAUAUUUUAUCAACUUAUUAUUUUUCAAAUGAAUAUAUUCAAUUAUUCAAAGAGUAAGUGAAUAAGUUUUCACCUUAGAUCAAAUUGCAUAUAACAACAGCUUUAGCGGAAUCUUUAUUUUAUAGAACACAAAGACACUAAAAACUUUUAUAGAUUAAAUUAAAUUAAAAAUUAACUUAACUUUAAACUCCAAAUUUAGAAUCUUGCAUUAAAAAAGUAGGCUUUUCUAUGAGAGGAUAAAUAAAACCAAUAAAAAUUAAGUUAUCUCUUCUUAGAAUAUUAGAAUUAGUUGAAGAUUUGUAAGGUUAAUUAUCAAAUUACUUAAUUCAAAGUGAUUUGAAUAUUAAAUAAGCUGAUUAAUUAAAGAGUCUAAUUGUUCAUAUUUCUAAAUUCUCUAAUGUUUUUGCUCAUUCAAAAUUAAAAUCUUUAAGUGAAAGAAUUAGAACAUCUUUAAUUCAUUCAAUGAAAAUAGAAACAUUAGUUCCUUUGAUUAAAAAUUGUAUAUCAAUUAAAAGUGUUUCUCAUAUACUAUUAUAAGCCUUUAAUGAUAUAUUAAGGUUAGAUUUAAUAAAGAUUUAAAAAUAAUAAAUACAAUUAAUAAGAGAUUUAAUAUAAUAGAUUAUUAUUGAAAUAAGUUUACCAACUCCAAAUUUAUCUACAGAAAUGUUAUUAUUAUUAAAUUAUUUAUACUCAAUAUAAUUCAUUCAAAAAUAAUUAUAAUAACAAGGACAAGAAAUUAUGUCAGUUUUAAUUAAAUUAGUUGAUUCUUAAAAUGAAUAAGAUUAAUCAUUAAUCUUAAAUUUAUAUUCAUUACUUUCAUAGAUCGAUUCAUACCCAUAUUUAAAUGAUUUAAAUCAAGUCUUUAAUUUACUUAUUAAUCUCUUAUGUCUAGAACAAAAUAUUAAAAAAUUAGACAACAAUGAAUUUACAUAUAAUAAUGAAUAAAUUAUUCAUAAAGUUUCUAAUAAACUUAUUUUAAUGAAUACAUCCUAUGCUUUAAUUAAAUCAUUUAAAGGAUUAAUAAGUAAAUAGCAUUUGACAGAUAUAUCAAUAUUAUAUUUGAUAGAAGGUGAUAAAUAAGGCUUUUAAUGUAUUUUAGAUAACAUUGAAAAUAGAGUUCAUUUGGAUGUUUACAUAAAUAGCAUUAUGAAUUAAUCAAGAAAAUUAAAACCAUUUGUAGUUUUGAAUUGUGUAGAUUAUAUUGCAUAAUUAAUAUAAAAAUGUGAAUCAGAAUUAGUAUGUGAAUAAUAUAUGCAAUUAAAUAAAGAAAUUUAAUAAAUGUUUGAUUAUUCAAGAGAAUAAUAUAUUGAUUCUGAAUUAAAAAAUGGAAUAUUCGAAGCUGAUAAAUUAGAGUAUCAAAUAAAUCAAGUAUAUAUCGAGAUUGUUUUAAAGAUUAAUGAUAUUUCUUUUAAGAAAUUAUUUAAUAAUUUAAUUACAUGGUCUAGAAAAUAAUUAUAAGAAGUUGGAUAUAAUUUCAAUAAAUAUAGAAGAAUAUAAUUUUUUAGAUUAUCUACUUAGAUUAGUGAUAAAUUAGGUAAGUAUUUUACUAAAUAUUAUUCUUAUAUAUGGGAUGCCAUAGUGAAUGAAUUACAAACAUUCCAUAAUAUCUUUUAUGAAACACCUAAAUAAGCAAGUAAAUAAUUUCAUAUAUUAAUUUAGAACUUUCAAAAAGAACUAAUGAUGAAUGUGAUAUGUUUUAUAGAUUAGAACUUUUAUUAAAUAGACAUAUUUUGUAAUCUAUAUCUUCAUUAUGUCAAAAUGAUUGUGAAUAAUUUGUUGAUACAGAAAAAUUUGAAAAAUUAAGUGAUCCUUUAGCAUUAACAUUGGAUUGUCCAAAGGUUUAAUAGUAUGAAUCAAUUUUAUAAUAUAUUGAUGAAUGGAUUACUCCAACUAUAUUAGCCUUAUUCUAAUUAAUUAAUGAUGAUUAUAAAUGGAAAGAUUUUCAUUUAAAAAUAUUAUAAGUGAUAAGCAGACAUUCAAAUAAAAAGAAUGAAACAAGUUCUUUCAUUAUAAUUGCAAUUGUUAAAUUAAUACAUAGAUUGAUAGAUCAAUUAGAUGAAAGAUAUUUAGUAUUGAUGAAUGAUUUAAUUCCAUUUUUGCAUCAAUUAACAUCAACCAAUCUAAAUUCAGAAGAGGUAUAUAUUAUAUAUCCUAAUAUUUUUAGUUAGAAAAAAGAGUUAAACAAUUAAUUGUUAGAUUAUCAUAAUUAAGUGGGGAAGAUAUUGUAACAGCUUUAAAAUGAC